CUGUACUUUUGAAGUCAUUAUUUUCGGUUUCAUAAUUACUUUGUCUCAUUUUCACUUUAAUUAGAAGAUUGUUGCUGUCAGUUUUUUUUAUCAUAUCGUGUUGCUCUUCUUCGCUGCAGAUCUUGUAGACAAACUAGUGAAACAACGAUUCUUCAGCAUAGGUAGCUGCCUUCCAGGAUUUCGUUAACUGGAUGAGAUCUUGAGGAACCCAGCAACCAUGUUAGGCAUAGCGGGACGAUGCAUGCGCGCUUGCCAAUCCGCAGUGAAGUCCCUCUUUCAUCCCGCGACCCCUCUCAAGGCUCUGCCUGGAUCCUUCGUUCCGACGCGCAACAUCGAGCUGAUGACGGCAGCCGAUCAGAUCCCGUUCUGGCGGCAUUCCAAGCCGUACAAGUUCAUGAAGUUCAAGCCCUUCCGUCUUCCGGAUAAUCGGCCCGUCGAGUACGUGGAUGAUCCAUUCUGCCCGCCUUCGCAUCCGCAGUUCAAGCAACUUCACGAUAUGCGGAUACAGGAUUACCGACGCCUCUACAAAGGCCACAUCCAGCUGCCCAUCCCCAAGCAGAAGCGCAAAUGGUGGCUGGCCGGCCGGCCGUGCGCCAAGGCCGUGGUGAUUAAGACGCUGAUCAAGAAGCCGAAGAAGCCCAACUCCGCCAACCGGCGGUGUGUCCGCGUGCGGCUCAGCGUCACCGGCAAGGAGCGCAUCGCCCAUGUCCCGGGUGAAGGGCACAAUCUGCAGGAGCACAGUAUCGUCAUGGUGCGCAAUGGGCGCUGUCAGGACCUGAUCGGAGUGCGGCUGAAAGUGGUGCGCGGGAAGUACGAUUGCGCGCCCGUCAAGAAGAAGACCACCGGUGAACGAUGAGAAAGCGGCGCGUUUUAUGUUUACCUCCGUUUAUUGUGUACGGUACCCGUUGGAAUUGUUUCCGCAUUGUAGAUCCAUCUGAACGGCAGCAAGUUAUGUUCAACCCGAAUUUUUUCAGCUGAUUGUGACGUGCUUCUCAUCCACUAAUGGUUGUGGAGUGUGCAAUGUGCAUGCUGUCGGUGUUCGUGUUGUGUGGCUUUCCCGCUGUCUCGGGUGUGAACGCGACGUCGUAUUUCGACUUUCUUGAUGUACAGAUGGAUUUCUUAAUGAAUUAUAACGCCUGUAUGGUGACUGGGUCCGCAGAUCAUUAAAUGGUGUUUGUUGGUUGA